ACCCCAAUUUGAGAGUCAGAACCAAACCGAAAACUCGUCGCUGUUUCUUCAAGUGAAAGAAGCAAACGGUAAAUUUGUGAGAGGAGAAGAGAUGAGAGAAAUGGGGAAGGCGAUCGGAUUGCUGAUGAGCGGGACGCUAGUGUAUUACCAUUGCGUUAAUCGGAACGCGACUCUUCUCCCACUCCUCUCUGACGUUCUCAUUGUUCUCUUAUCUUCCCUCGCCCUCCUCGGCCUUCUUUUCCGUCAACUCAAUGUCUCAGUACCUGUGGAUCCAUUAGAGUGGCAAAUAUCACAGGACACAGCAUGUAACAUUGUUGCGCGCGUAGCUAAUACCGUUGGAGCAGCUGAAUCCGUUCUGCGGGUUGCAGCAACCGGACAUGACAAGAGGCUAUUUCUUAGGGUUGUGGUCUGUCUUUACUUCUUGGCAGCUCUAGGACGAAUCAUAUCGGGUGUUACCAUUGCCUAUGCAGGACUAUGUUUGUUCUGUCUCUCCAGGCUUUUUCAGAGUUCUGAUCGAAACUCUGAAUUGAACCGAAGAAACCGAGAGAUUUUGGAACGAGAAACACCUUGAGAGUUCUGAUCUACAAUCAAACUAUCUGAACUUGUUCUCUUCUUAUUUUUUUGUUUUUUUUUCACCACGCAUGUUCAUAGCUUUGGAUAGUUGUAAUAAUUCUUGCAGUUCCUAAUUGAAUAAAUAUUUUUCCUAAUUUA